AUGCUGCGCACCACCCUGCUCCUCUGCUGCCACCCGCUCCUGCUGAGCCAAGCUCUGGUCCCCACCCCUGCAGACACUCUGGCCCACACCUAUGCUGAGGCCAUCCCCAGCCAGAUGUCCUUCACCUUCACCUCCCCGACGAAGGUGUAUUUCAAUGAAGCCAAUGUGAAACAGGUGGAUGUCCCAACCCAGAGUGGGGUCUUUGGGAUCCUCACUGCCCACAUCCCCAUGCUGCAAGCAUUGAAGCAUGGCAUGGUGGCUGCACACGCCAAGGAUGGCACUGCCACCAAACAUUUUGUGAGCAGUGGUUCUGUUACAGUGAAUGCCUAUUCCUCAGGGAAGCUGCUGGCAGAAGAAGCUGUGGCUCUGGACAUGCUGGACCUGGUGGCCACCAGAUCUAACAUGGAAAAGGGGCACUCAGACCUGUCAGGGGCAUCAGACGAGGCAGCCUGGGCCAAAGUUCAGAUCCAGAUAGAAGCCAAUGAAGCUAUCGUGAAAGCACUGGAGUCAUGA